AUGACCCAGGGCUUUUGGCGGCUCUACAAGGCCAAAGUGCUGCAGACCCUGGGGGGGACGCGGGUGGAUGGGACGCUGCAAGAGGAGGGAGACCCCCCUGAGCUGAUGGAGACAUCCGAGCCCCCUGCGCUGAUGGAGGAGGGACCCAGCCCUGUAUCCCAACUGGUGAGGAAGGUGCAGGGCGUGGGGGUGCGGGGCUGGCGGACGCUUUCAUCCCUCUUCACCAGUGAGGACGAGCACCAGCUGCUCAGCCCGGAGCCCUGCACAGACCACCCGCUGGCUGCUGAGCCACCCCGCUCUGAGAAGUCACCCGGCUUUUGGGAUCUCUUUGCUACCAAGUGGCAGCAGGCGUCGGGGCUGGACAAGGAGGUUCCCCUCCCAGAGCCAGACGAGAGCCCUGGGGAGCCACCGGGCGACGAUGGCAGCGACCUGCGGGAGCCAGAGGAAGGGGCCUUCCACUGGGGCUUCCUGGCUGGUAAACUGGCUGAAAUCCGGAAUAAAACUGCCUCCAAGGGCAACUGA